AUGGAGAACGAGAUGGACCGCAGCUCGAAGAGGCGGCAAGUGAAGCCCUUAGCAGCUUCGCUGCUGGAAGCUUUAGAUUAUGAUAGCUCAGAUGACAGUGACUUUAAAGUGGGCGAUGCCUCAGAUUCUGAAGGAAGUGGUCAUGGGAGUGAAGAUGCAUCAAAGGACAGUGGUGAAGGUUCCUGUACUGAAUCAGAAGAAAAUAUUUUGGAGGAAGUAGCAGCAGAACAAGAGAAGGUGGAAGAACAGCCCAAAAGCUCUGCUGGAGAAGAGACACCAGCAACAGAGAAAGAGGUGAUUAAGACAGAAAAGAAAGAUCAGGAGGAAGAGGAUGAGAAGCCAAAAAAGAAAAAAGAGAAAGAGAAAGCCACUGAAUCCGAUGCUGUUGCUGAUGAGCAAUCAAACGAGCCAAAAAAGUGGAAUUUGCGCCGCAAUCGACCUCUUCUAGAUUUUGUAUCAAUGGAAGAACUAAAUGAUAUGGAUGAUUAUGACAGUGAGGAUGACAAUGACUGGCGGCCUACUGCUGAAAAGAAGAAAGGAAAACAUGCAUUGCGAAAGGAGGGAAGUGAUGGAGAUAAUGAGGAUGAUGAAGACGAUGGAAGUGGAAGUGAUGAUGAUGACAAUGAUGAGGAGGGCAAUGAGGAUGAUAACAGCAGCACUGCUAGCGAUGGUGCAUCCAAGAAGAAGAAAAAUAAAGUUCUUAACAGGAGUAAUGCUGAUGAUGAGGAGCUGACAAAUGAUAGCCUGGCUCUUUCACAAAGCAAGAGUAAUGAGGACUCACUGAUUCUUGAGAAGUCUCAGAACUGGAGUUCUCAGAAAAUGGACCAUAUUCUGAUUUGCUGUGUUUGUCUUGGGGAUAACAGUGAAGAUGCUGAUGAAAUAAUCCAGUGUGACAAUUGCGGAAUAACAGUGCAUGAAGGUUGCUAUGGAGUUGAUGGAGAGAGUGACUCUAUUAUGAGUUCAGCUUCAGAAAACUCCACUGAACCUUGGUUUUGUGAUGCCUGUAAAUGUGGUGUCACACCUAGCUGUGAACUAUGUCCUAACCAAGAUGGAAUCUUCAAGGAGACUGAUGCUGGCAGGUGGGUCCAUAUCGUUUGUGCCCUCUAUGUUCCAGGAGUGGCAUUUGGAGACAUUGACAAACUGCGGCCAGUAACACUGACAGAAAUGAACUAUUCUAAAUAUGGUGCCAAGGAAUGCAGUUUCUGUGAAGAUCCUCGCUUUGCCAGAACUGGUGUUUGUAUUAGUUGUGAUGCUGGGAUGUGUAGAGCUUAUUUUCACGUGACUUGUGCUCAGAAGGAAGGAUUGUUGUCAGAAGCAGCAGCAGAGGAGGAUAUAGCAGAUCCUUUUUUUGCUUAUUGUAAACAGCAUGCAGACAGGCUAGACAGAAAAUGGAAACGGAAGAACUAUUUGGCUUUACAGUCUUAUUGUAAAAUGUCCUUACAGGAAAGAGAGAAACAGCUCUCGCCAGAAGCACAGGCUCGAAUCAAUGCUAGACUACAGCAGUAUCGUGCUAAGGCAGAACUGGCUCGCACCACGAGGCCUCAGGCUUGGGUUCCAAGGGAGAAGCUGCCACGACCGCUCACUAGCAGCGCUUCGGCCAUACGUAAACUGAUGCGUAAAGCUGAAUUAAUGGGCAUCAGUACAGACAUUUUUCCUGUGGACACUUCAGAUACCAGUUCCAGUGUGGAUGGAAGGAGGAAACAUAAGCAGCCAGCUCUCACUGCUGAUUUUGUGAAUUAUUAUCUUGAGCGAAAUAUGCGCAUGAUUCAGAUCCAGGAAAAUAUGACCGAACAAAAGAAUAUUAAGGAUAAAUUGGAAAAUGAGCAAGAAAAACUUCAUGUGGAAUAUAAUAAGCUGUGCGAGUCUUUGGAAGAACUACAAAAUAUGAAUGGAAAGCUACGAAAUGAAGGACAAGGAAUCUGGGCUCUAUUGGGUAGAAUCAUUGGCCAGAAAUUGAACAUACCAGCAAUUUUGCGAGCACCCAAGGAGAGGAAACCAAGUAAAAAAGAAGGAGGAACACAAAAGGCAUCUGCACUUCCAGCAGUUCUUUAUAGUUGUGGAAUUUGCAAGAAGAAUCAUGAUCAGCAUCUCCUGUUACUGUGCGAUACUUGUAAACUCCAUUACCAUCUUGGUUGCCUGGACCCUCCUCUUACAAGGAUGCCAAGGAAGACCAAGAACAGUUAUUGGCAGUGCUCUGAGUGUGACCAGGCAGGUAGCAGUGACAUGGAAGCAGAUAUUGCCAUGGAAACCUUACCAGAUGGGACCAAGAGAUCAAGGAGACAGAUUAAAGAACCAGUAAAAUUUGUUCCACAGGAUGUGCCACCAGAACCGAAAAAAAUCCCAAUAAGAAAUACGAGAACUAGAGGACGGAAAAGAAGCUUUGUUCCUGAAGAAGAAAAACCUGAGGAACGUAUUCCUAGAGAAAGAAGGCAAAGGCAGUCUGUUCUACAAAAGAAGCCCAAAUCAGAGGAUUUAAGAACUGAAUGUGCUACAUGCAAGGGGACUGGAGACAAUGAAAACCUAGUGAGGUGUGAUGAAUGCAGGCUCUGCUACCAUUUUGGUUGUCUGGACCCUCCUUUGAAAAAGUCUCCCAAACAGACUGGCUAUGGAUGGAUUUGUCAAGAGUGUGAUUCUACAUCCUCCAAAGAUUCCGAACCGUCAAAUGAGGUGGUAGCAGAGGCCCCAGGUAAAGUGGUACCCUCUACCUCAAGAAGUAGCUCUGAAGAGCUGGUAUCGGUGGCACAGAAACAUCCAGAAGAGGAGGAUGAAAAUGAAGCUGAGGAAGAAAAUCUAUCUCAGGAGCUGAUCGUGGAACAGAAAAAUUCAAAAAAAUAAAGAUAACUGUCAUGUUUGAAAUAUUUGCAAGUUGUGUAUCAGUGGUUAAAGUUUCUCAUUGUAAAAUUAAGAGAACAUUCUCAAUAAAGUCAUUGAAAAUUAAAAUUCA